AUGGUCGCGAACUCCACGAGCUACAAGCAGCUGAAGGAGGACUUCGUGUCCAACCUAUCCGGCGGAUCGGUGUCUGAGAUUACCUAUGUCGUCUCUGUUGCGCCGGUGGCUGUCCUCCUUUGGUCGGUGCUCCAGGCGCGCCAGUCGUUCUUCAGAAAAAACGCCGCAACCGAGACCUCGUCCCCAUUCGCUCUCCUCGUCGAUUUCCUCCUCAACGUAUGCGCCGCCCUCCUCGCUAUAACGCUGUGGUCGUCGACGCCCCUCCUCUUCAGUGGACUGAUCAUCGCACCUGCUUUGUUCAUAUACGCGCUGCCCCAGAGGACCACGAAAAAGAGAGUCAAGCUCCCGCCAAGUUCCAAGGCCAACAAUGCCAACGACCGGGCAGGAGGACCUCUGGGGGUUCUGUCCCUCAAACCCUUCCUGACACAGUACCGGGGGUCCAUGAUGGUGCUCACCUGCCUGGCUAUACUGGCGGUUGACUUUCGCCUCUUCCCACGUCGUUUUGCCAAGGUGGAAACAUGGGGCACCUCCCUGAUGGACUUGGGCGUGGGCUCCUUCGUUUUCAGCGCCGGUGUGGUCGCAGCUCGUCCAGUCUUGAAGGAGCGCGCAGAGAGUAGGACCACACCCCUCCAUCAGAGACUUGUCUAUUCGAUGCGUCACUCGUUGCCGCUCCUGGUACUGGGAGUUAUCCGGCUUUUGAGCGUGAAGGGAUUAGACUACGCUGAGCACGUCACUGAGUACGGCGUUCACUGGAACUUUUUCUUCACGCUAGGCCUCCUCCCUCCCUUUGUUGCCGUGUCCCAGAGCAUCUUGCGAGUCAUUCCCAGCUAUGCCACACUCUCGUUGUUGCUCGCUGUUCUGUACCAGGUCGUUCUUGAGAGUACUAGCCUCAAGUCCUACAUCCUCUUAGCCCCACGGGUAGACCUCAUCUCCAUGAACCGCGAGGGGCUUUGCAGCUUUGUUGGCUACCUGGCUAUUUUCCUGGCUGGUCAAGACGCUGGGAUGUACGUUCUACCUCGUCGCAUCAACCCAAACAGUACAUCCACUCCUGGGACUCAGCGCAACACUCUGCUUCUUACCAUAGCUGUCUGGUCCGGUAUCUGGUGGGCGCUGUACUAUUUCAGCACAAAUCCAGUCCGUGGUGCCGGACUGGAUGUUUCUCGUCGACUGGCAAAUCUACCGUAUGUCCUUUGGAUUGUUGCGUUCAACAACGCGCAGAUCCUCGCGUUUUGCUUGAUUGACAGUCUGUUCUUCCCUUCAUUCUACAAUGCACAGGAUGCGAGAACUGAAAAGGAGGCUUAUGAGAUAGCUACGAGCCGCGUCUUGAGAGGUUUCAACAGAAAUGGUCUCGCGGUCUUCUUGGUGGCAAACCUUUUGACUGGCCUAGUGAAUAUGACGGUUCCAACAUUGGACGUCGGCCCUGUGGCCACGAUGGGCAUUCUGGUCGGAUAUGCUGCGGUAGUCUCGGGCUUCGCGGUCGCCUUGGAUGCUUGGAAUAUCUCUAUCAAACUCUAG